GUUGGUUAGUCGGUCGUUAGUUGGUCGGUUCCCCCGGAACGCUUAAGAAAUGUACGAUGCCGCGAAACAAUGGUCACAAGCGGCGCACGUUUCCGAAGCCUUACUACGCUUUCAAAAUAACCAAAAAAUCCCCUCGUCCUCCUGGAUCAUGUUGUGCUGCAGCAAGACGCACCUCCGGCGUGGCCUCGCCGCUGAGAAGGAGACGGAAGGCAACGAGCGGAAAAUCUGUUUUGAUUCAAAUGUUAUUUAUCCGAGCGCCACGCGCAGAUUUUCCCUGACGAUGAUCUCUUCUCUAUUGCUAGGGACCGUUAGCAAGUGCCGGAAAAUGGCUGAGAAUGCCGAGGAUGACGUUAACUUGCUUAGUGCCAAGCAGCUCUCCACUCUGCUGCAAGAGCUGUGGGAGCUGCGUGAGCGCGGCUCCUUCUGCGACGUCGUGGUGGAGGUGCAGAGCCGCCGCUACCUGGCGCACAAGGCGGUGCUGAGCAGCACCAGCGGCUACUUCCGCAGCCUCUUCCUGGGCGCCCCCUGCAGCAGCAUGGGCCCCUUCGUGGUGGACUUUGUCUCCAUGGGAACGUUCGAGCAGGUGCUGGGCUACGUGUACCGCGGCGACGUGACGGUGAGCCGCGCCGACGUACGCCCGCUGCGCCGCGCCGCCAGGAAGCUGGAGCUGCGCUGCCUGGUGGAGGCGUGCGAGCCGUACGUCGGCGGCGACGACGACGAGGAGGAGGACUCUGAAGACGACGACCACCUCGCCUUCGACGGCGGCAAUAACGCGGCCGAAGAGAACGGCGGGUCCAACGGGCGCGAGGACGACCCCUUCGACGUCGAGAACGACUUCUCGGCCGUCGCCGCGGCCGACGUGGCCCCGGCCGCGGACUGCGGCGGCUGGAACGGAGAGAAAGAAGAUCGCGCGGACGAGGAGCGCGACGCGGGCGGCCUGUUGGACGACUACGGCGGUCGCGCCGCCUCUCCCGCGCACGCCAUCAAGAGCGAACCUCAGUGCGACCCGCCGGCCGAGGGGCACGCGUGGCCCGUGAAGGCCGAGGAGCUCGGCGGCCGAGCCGACUGCCUCUACGCGGACGCCGGCGACGCGGCCGCGCCGCCCGGCGGCGAAGGCCUCGACGACGAGGACGACGGCCGCUGGCGCUGCGUCCCGCCGCUCGGACUCGAGCCAGAGCCGGCGGCGCCGUCGUCGGCGAGCGUCUCGCCGGAGAAGUACUACCGGCACGCGGGGGGGGGCCCGCCCGAGCGGGUGCAGUGCGGCGCGUGCGGGGAGCCGAUGGACGCCAGCGUGUCGCUGCUGCGCGAGCACUCGUGCACCCACCUUGACCUGGAGCGCCUCGAGUGCCGCCUGUGCGGCGCGCGCUUCGCCUACAUCAGCGAGGCGGUGGAGCACGCGCUGGCGCACACGGGCGUGCCGGUGAUGGCGUGCGCGCACUGCGGCCGCCGCUUCGUGUCGGAGCGGCUCAUGGGCGUCCACGCCUCGGGGCGCUGCCGCAAGAAUCGCGGCCCGCGGGGCGGCGGCGGCCGCUCGGCCCUGCCGCACCACCCGGCGGGGGCGUCGCCGGCGCUUGCCGACUGCGCCGAGCGACUGCCGUGCAAGGUGUGCGCCGAGCCGCUGGCGCAGAGCAUGUCGGCGCUGCGCGAGCACGGGCGCCUGCACGUGGACGCGGAGCGUCACGCCUGCCGGGUGUGCGGCCUGCAGAUGACGUCGAGCGGCAACCUCGUCAAGCACUCGCUGCUGCACAUCGGCAUCCUGCUGUUCUGCUGCGACUCCUGCAGCAAGAAAUUCCUCUUCAAGAACCAGCUGGAGAGGCACCACAAGAUCCGGUGCUGCGGCGGAGCGAUGGGGGGGUUUGGCGGCGGCGCCGCGGUGGGCGAGUGAUGCCCCGGCGUACGCCGAUUUACGCGUCGCCCACCCGCUUCUGAAUCGAAGACGUUGUUAGCCGCCGUUGCGGUUUGGGCUCGUGGCGUUGCAGGCGGUCGUGCGUACGAGCCUCGAGGUCACGGUCGUUGGCCUGGCACGGAGAGUGGUGGCCAGGUGAGUGCAGGUUGAGGUGGCAAGUCGCUAACCGAAGAGGGACGCGGUCUGUGACUGUUGGUAGAAAAAAAUAAAUUGGCAUGGAAAAUAAAAGUAACGUCUGAAACAAAGCAAUGUUAAAUGGAAUACAGAAUUGCAUAAAAUGUGUUUUUAUUUUAUCACUACGGACUUAUGCAAGAAUAUAUUCCAUUGAGCAAGCAAAAUAAACAACAACAGGAACAUUAAAAGUGUGGUGUUUGGGAAAAUUAAAGGAAGAACUGACACAGAAUGGCUUGACAACAUCAGAGAUUGGUGCCAGAAAGAUGUGGCCACGACUUGAGAAUAUUGUAUUGGCACUACAAGACAGAGGAAAGUGGAAACACAUGACGACAUGUGCAGUGGACACCAUGGACCGUGAUGAUGAUGGUGAUGAAGAAACAUACAACGAUAAACAUCUGAACUCAAAAAUGUGCGUUUGAGAAUUUUAAGACAAUUGUGUUUUUUUUUUUACCCACGUAAAAUAUCGUUAAAGUUAGCUUCUUGUACGUUCCUGCCUGCCGAAAAGUGAUUUCAAAUGGUUGUGUUCCUGCUCGGUAAUAAGGGGUUGAACGUUAAAGUCGUUAUAUGCCUGGUUAUUUUUGUGUUUUGCAGUAGUCUGGGAAUGUGACUGCAGUUUCGGAUCAAAGCCUCUUAAUUCAUUUACGGGGGUUACCUUGGCAGAAUAAACCAAACGGAUCGUUCAGUUGUGAGCUUUAGAGAUUUCGGCGUGGUGGGGGGUUCGUUCGGCUUUUUGUAAAACAAAGAUCCCGUGCGGCUUCACCGAUGCAAAUUGUCACGAACGGUGACGAUGGAUUGAGAGCGUCUAAUGAGCGACUUGCAAGCUCGACGGCCGGAGGGAGAGGUCCCCGUACACAUCCACCAGUUCGUGGGCUUUCACAAACAAAAAAAAGACAGAUGUACAUCGCACCUACCUAGUUUUCGGUGUUUAUUUUACCGUGAUUUGUAUUUGCGAUAAUAUAAUUGGUGACUAUUUAUUUCGUUACCUUACGGGAGAGGGGCGGGGGGUCUCCACUGCUGUGUUGCACUACCAUGUUGCACUGUCGGUCAGAGACAGCCGGUGUUCAACAGGCGUGCGUGCGUGUGUGCGCAGGUGUGCGCCGAACUGGGACAGAGUCCCAUCAGUGAGCUCCUCUGGAAAGAGGAGCGGCGCUCAUGAUAACAAGUGUAGCACCUGGCGGUUAAAACUCUGCAAGUGUGCACAGCUGGAGUGCAUCUGCCAGUCAUCUCAGUCGGUCAACCCAUGGCACGCAGGUGUAUUCUGUAACCUGCCAGCGGCGAGCCUUCGACACUUCACGCGAUGGCCUAAAAGUGCACCUAGCCUGGUACGAGCGCCGUGAUGUCACCGCCAAUUAGUGGCGAAUGGCGGUGGCUGCUGUUGCUGAGGCUGUGACUCCAGUCUUGACGCCGUGAUACUCUGUCCCAGGUUUUCCACUGAACAUUGGAUACUUUGUAACGUGAAGGGCGGCGUUGCUUGUGUACAGCCCUUUAGGAUUUACUCGUCUCUAGCCCUCAAUUAAAUAACACUGGUCAACAACAACAAAAAACAUUUUUUUUUCUGGCCUGGACUUUUGCAGCUGUUUUAGACUAAUUUCAGGGUGCUGAUUCCAAAUCUGAUCUCAGAUUUGCUCUAUCACAUCUCAUUUUUAUGCUAUCGGCAUACCCCAUUUUUAUUGAUUUUACCCGAAAUUAACUCUGUCACUUAUGAUUGCAAGUUGUUGCGAGUCAGUGACUGCUUUAGUGUUAACAUAUGGUGCUGUAUUUUUAGGAUAGUGUGUUUAUAAUAUUAUUUUAUGUAGAUAUCCAUAUUCAUUUAAUAUUUUUCUUCUGCAGUUUUGAAUGAAAAUGCUAUAUUUGAUAUCUCAACAACCUGAUGUGAUAGACAAAAACUGAUGCCAGAUUUGGAAACAGCACCCCAAAAUUGUGUGACCAGUGAUAUCUUCAUUUUUGUUCUACUCUCCCUUACCAUACUGAGCUGUCUUCUCAACUACCCAGCACUGCAGCCUCCUACCACUCGCCUUGGCCCUUCGCAUGGUGUGCAUAUCUCCCCACCUCCGCUCACCCCCCCCCCCCCAUCUUUGUACAGCUACUUGAGAUGCGGUCACAUUUUCGAUGCUAUGGGAAUCCAAAUUGUGAUUUAUAUUGCACCGGUGCCGGACUCGACCAGACCGAUCUCCCUGGGAAUCUGCGUGGGCUGCGAGCGACCGUCUGCUGGAACUCCGACGAUGAUGAAGCCUCCGUCAGCGCUUUUACACCUUCUGAGCAGGGGGUCUCUUCGUGGCUCUCGGGUCUGUGUGCGUCUGCGUGAGUCUAUAGCUCUGUGUGUGAGAAGGUCCUGCCAGUGCUCGCCUGUUUCUCACUGGGCCUCUAUUUUGAGUCAUUGGUUACCUGCGUGAAUUUGGGUUUCUGUGUGCACCUAUAUGUUCCUGUGUGAAUCUGCGGGUCUAUAUGUGCAUCUGUGGAGCUGCGCUUGAGUUUACCGGUCUCUUUGGGUCUCUGUUUAAGAAAGCACCGACGGUGUAGCCAUAUAUCGGUGCACUCCGGCUUUUCAACUAAUCCAUGGUGCCCUGCAUGCAUCGUCACUUUUCAGACUGGGAAAACCCAGGACGGAGUUUGUAGCCUCGUCAACCCGGAGCCAGGAGCCGCAGCUGUUCCCACGUUGUGACUGCUGCUCGCAUAAACUGCUACCACUCGCAGGAAUGAGAUAAGCAGGGCACGCAUGUGCCAGCGUCCCUAGGGGAGCCACACAAUCUGCGGCACAAGCCGCCGGUUAGCCGGCUGUUGGGAGGCAGGGUUAGUGGGUCAUGCAGAGAUUAUUGUGAGUGUGCGUUCUUGUGUGCGAGGUCCAACCUGGGGUCAGGGUGACGGGGUCGGGAGGUCAGGUUGACGGGGUCGGGGUAACGGUGAGGGGGCCGGGUGAAUUGCCGGUGGUUGAGUGAUGUCGGAAUCGCUUGUUUUUGCAGCCAUCAUGCAUCCACAACGCUUUUGUGAUGCAAACAUCGUGUUUUUCGCGCAACAGACUAUUGCAAGCAAUCCUCGUGUGUUGUUCCGGGUAAGGAAAGGUAUUGGGCGUUUGUUCUCUCAAGCUCUUGACACGCACUACUGCGGGCAUCUUCACUUGAAUUACGAGUGGCUCGCUCCACGAAGCGCCCUCCUACUUCCCGCGGGGCGAACGACCGAGGUGGCGGCAUUUUCGACAAAGAUUCGCGUCCAGCAAAACAGCAUUGAGGGUGAAAAAUAUCCGUCGAAGCAAUCGGUGGACAGUUUACUGUGCGUGCCCUUGCAGUUGAUGAAAUUACUCGGAACAGGCAGCACUGUGGGCUUAGUUGAUCCACUAGCAGUAAGCAAAUACAAGCUGACCUCUCUGUACGUACGUAUGUUGAACUUCUUUCGCACCGUACGUAGCCAACCGUUGCAUAAUCCGUAGGUGCAGAGGGGAGAAGAAGGGCAAACGUGUUUUAGUCAAUCGGUCUAUGCGCUUUCCAGACCACGAUUGUCCAUUGAAGGUAAUAAUAGGCUGCUGGACAAAUAGACGUGCUGUUUACAGAAUCAGAAUAUUUAUUUAUACUGGAGGAAUCCGAUGAGCCAUGAAGCUCUUUUUCACAAAUGUCCAGUAGGGGGGCUCGGGGUAAGAACGUUACAACAACAAACAGUACACAAAUACAAUAGGAGUGGCAAAGGUAAACAAUCAUGCAAACACAUACAGUGAGGGAAAAAAGUAUUUGAUCCCCUGCUGAUUUUGUACGUUUUCCCACUGACAAAGAAAUUAUCAGUCUAUAAUUAUAAUGGUAGGUUUAUUUGAACAGUGAGAGACAGAAUAACAAAAAAAAUCCAGAAAAACGCAUGUCAAAAAUGUUAUAAAUUGAUUUGCAUUUUAAUGAGGGAAAUAAGUAUUUGACACCCUCUCAAUCAGAAAGAUUUCUGGCUCCCAGGUGUCUUUUAUACAGGUAACGAGCUGAGAUUAGGAGCACACUCUUAAAGGGAGUGCUCCUAAUCUCAGCUUGUUACCUGUAUAAAAGACACCUGUUCACAGAAGCAAUCAAUCAAUCAGAUUCCAAACUCUCCACCAUGGCCAAGACCAAAGAGCUCUCCAAGGAUGUCAGGGACAAGAUUGUAGACCUACACAAGGCUGGAAUGGGCUACAAGACCAUUGCCAAGCAGCUUGGUGAGAAGGUGACAACAGUUAGUGCGAUUAUUUGCAAAUGGAAGAAACACAAAAGAACUGUCAAUCUCCCUCGGCCUGGGGCUCCAUGCAAGAUCUCACCUCGUGGAGUUGCAAUGAUCAUGAGAACGGUGAGGAAUCAGCCCAGAACUACACAGGAGGAUCUUGUCAAUGAUCUCAAGGCAGCUGGGACCAUAGUCACCAAGAAAACAGUUGGUAACACACUACGCCGUGAAGGACUGAAAUCCUGCAGCGCCCGCAAGGUCCCCCUGCUCAAGAAAGCACAUAUACAUGCCCGUCUGAAGUUUGCCAAUGAACAUCUGAAUGAUUCGGAGGACAACUGGGUGAAAGUGUUGUGGUCAGAUGAGACCAAAAUGGAGCUCUUUGGCAUCAACUCAACUCGCCGUGUUUGGAGGAGGAGGAAUGCUGCCUAUGACCCCAAGAACACCAUCCCCACCGUCAAACAUGGAGGUGGAAACAUUACGCUUUGGGGGUGUUUUUCUGCUAAGGGGACAGGACAACUUCACCACAUCAAAGGGACGAUGGACGGGGCCAUGUACCGUCAAAUCUUGGGUGAGAACUCCUUCCCUCAGCCAGGGCAUUGAAAAUGGGUGGGUAUUCCAACAUGACAAUGACCCAAAACACACGGCCAAAGCAACAAAGGAGUGGCUCAAGAAGAAGCACAUUAAGGUCCUGGAGUGGCCUAGCCAGUAUCCAGACCUUAAUCCCAUAGAAAAUCUGUGGAGGGAGCUGAAGGUUCAAGUUGCCAAACCUCAGCCUCGAAACCUUAAUGACUUGGAGAAGAUCUGCAAAGAGGAGUGGGACAAAAUCCCUCCUGAGAUGUGCACAAACCUGGUGGCCAACUACAAGAAACAUAUGACCUCUGUGAUUGCCAACAAGGGUUUUGCCACCAAGUACUAAGUCAUGUUUUACAAAUACUUGUUUCGCUCAUUAAAAUGCAAAUCAAUUUAUAACAUUUUUGACAUGCGUUUUCUGGAUUUUGUUGUUGUUAUUCUGUCUCUCACUGUUCAAAUAAACAUACCAUUAAAAUUAUAGACUGAUAAUUUCUUUGUCAGUGGGCAAACGUACAAAAUCAGCAGGGGAUCAAAUACUUUUUUCCCUCACUGUACUAAUAAAACUGAACCAUCCCCAUCCUACCAGACAAAGCCCACUGAGGUAUUAACUUGUUUUUCAGAAGCAACCUGGCUGGCUCGAUAAAGUGGCCCAUCAUUUGGACAUUAUAGCAGCCUAAGUAAUCUAAAUAAUGUACGUGGAGAGGCGGAGUGUAGUUGCGCAUUGCGAUUUGCUAUCAGCCUUGACGCUCCACAAAACGUCUCGUUUACGCCACUCGCUGUGGGUUUUCCAGUUCGCAUCAUGGUCGGGGGUCGACUCAAAACCCAUCAUCCUUCUGGGGUCGGUAAAGUCAACGCACCGCUUUGUGUGGGGGAUAGUCCUUUGUAGGGACUGACCCACGUCAUGGGAAUUCCCUUCUGAGUUGAACACGUAGUAGUUGUAACACGUCGUAGUAGAGAGAACUUUGAAGUUGCUAUUAUUGUGGCGAUUGUUUUUGAUUCGGCGCGCCCUGCUACAAACGCCGGUGCAUCUUUGGGCUCUUUACAUCAGUCUCAUCCAAGACGGACGCCCGUAUCAAUAGCCCUCUGAUGCUGUCGGCCAUCCCGAUUUAGAACGGUUGGCUACGAAUGGUGCGAAACAGGUUCAAACAUGCGUACAUAAAUCCCGCGACGAUGGCACUUGGCGACGGAGUGUGGAGAUUUUCCUCGAGCGGAAUGAGAUGGGACUGGGGUGACUUGCUUCUCCGAUGCUUGGCCGUGGGGUGUCCGGCAGGUGUAGUCAUUGGGACAGAAUGGUGGACGACCCACAAUCCACUGAGUCCAGACCAGAAACCGCACUUUAACUGGUUCAAAUUUGCUGCUUGCGUUGUGGCCGAAACGUCGUGAGAAUUAUAUAAUUUUAUGUUUUAUUUUUAUUAUUUUAUUGGUUCAAAUUUCCCAAUGUGGUCAACACAACGACAGUGAAUUGUGUGAUAACCACUUGAAAUGAGUGUGGUUAUCAAGUUAUUCCCUCCUGUCCGCCGUAUCUGAUCUGGCCCAUGGACUGAUAGGCCAAACUGAGAAGUAUUAUUUGAACACGUACAUUUAUACGGCCAAUAAGUUACGAUGCACAAUUUUAAAAAAUGUUGGUUCCGGCCAUGCGGUGAUCUGGUCAAAUCUGUGUCGUGAAGCCCUCCACCACCCCGACAACCCAGCCAAUUGAAUUAAUACUCUUAUUUUAUUUCUAUUAUUACUUUUAUUAAUUUUUAUUUCAUUUUCUACCUACGUGACUUAGCGAAAAAACCUAAGAGUAUGAAUCCUUGCAGUCACGAAAGCUUCAAAUCUACGAGCGUUUUGAUGCACCGUUUACGUUGACCAUUUUGUGGCCAGUUGAAGAGAAUUUCUCGCAAAGCGUAUGAUUUGCAUUUGGAAUGCGACCUUUCGUUCUUAAAUACGCCUCGACGUCAAAGGGGGUAACGUUUCCUGUCCUCGAUGUCACAUGACCGGGCCCUGUUCCAAACAACGCAACAUCACCUCUGUGCGUCCGUGGCUGGCUUGAACAGUGAUCCAUUCAUGCAGGGAAGUCUGCGUGCGCCAGUUCAACCUUUUGCCGGUGUACGAUACGCGGUCGUGGGUGGGGGCGCACUUCACUCUGCCCAGAAGUUAAUGUUUGUGAACUAUUUACCGCGCAAAAAUAAACAACCUUGUUUAGGAAAUCCUAACGUGGAGGUGGCGUUUUUUUUGUCGCCCUGUUGGAAUCUUCUGUAGCCCCCCCCAACACCGUGCAAGCUCACGGCGUCGCCACAGCACAGGGCAA